GGACAUUCAAAAUUAAUGAUUGAUGGGUACUUGUUUGUAAAAGAUUAUGUGCAUGAAAAUACUUAUUACUGGUCAUGUGAGAAAAGAAAGUCAGAGCCAGAGUACUGCAAGACUCGAGCAAUUACUAUUCUUUUAAAUGGGUUACAUUACCUAAAAAAAAUUGAUAAACAUGAAUAUGCUCCUCAAACCGGCAGUAGUGAAAUUGCUCAAGUUGUUGCUCGUAUCAAACAACAAGCUCGGGAUACACAAGAUGCUCCCUCUAAAAUAAUUCAAAAUAAUAUCAUCACUAUUCCAAAAAAUCUUUCUCCUUAUAUGCCCAUACAAGAGGCUCUCCGAAUGAGAAUUAAGCAUAUUAGGAUGGCUAAAAUGCCACCACAACCCCAGACUUUUAUGAG